CCCCCUACCUUCAUUCAGUCUAUCUAUGAACUCCGGGCCCUCAGGCAGGUGGCUGAAAGGGCUCCGUGGGCUCGCUCUAGGACGCGUCAAGCUGUCGGGGAGUCCAGGGAGGGAGAGCUCGGCCACCCUAACUUCUUUUCCUUCUUCGUGGCGCUCUAGCCUGACAGACCAUGGUCACCCGGUGCGUUGCGCUGGGGCUGCUGCUCCUUGGGGCGGUCGGGGCCCUCCCACAGAAACAAGACCUGUGUGAACCCGGCUUCUACUACAAUGAGUCUUCUGGGAGUUGCUGCUACCUCUGCCUCUCAGAUCUGGUGCCUCAGAAGCCAUGUCCCCAAGGGCUUGAAGACUGCAGAGAGAAGUGUGAUCCAGACUAUUACUUGGAAAUUGAGGAGGAAUCCCGCUGCCAGGCCUGUGUUAACUGCACUAGAGAUGACCUUGUGGAGAAGAUUCCUUGUACGUGGAACUCCCCUCGGGUUUGUGAAUGCCAGGAAGGCAUGUUCUGUGCCACGUCAGCCAGCUACAGCUGUGCCCGUUGUGUGAAGCACUCCCUGUGCCCACCAGGGACCAUAGUCAAAGAGCAAGGCACCUUGGAGGAGGAUACUGUUUGUGAGCCCUGCCUCCCUGGGACCUUUUCCAACCACAGCUCCAGUGCCCAGGAUUGUCAGCCUCACACCAGGAUCUCUGAUAUUCCAGACCCUUCCAACACCACAGCUGACCCCUCCGACGGGAGUUCAACCCAUGACAUUGGGACUGUCUCACCAUCUCUCACAGGAAGACCCAAUCCAGGUUCUGAGUCUCUUUUCUGGGUGGCGACGGUCUUUGCUGUGACGCUUGCCUUCGUUCUCUUCCUGAUCUGCCAGCAGAAGGCCUGCAGGAAGGGGAUUCUGCAGAAGCUUCACCUCCAUUCUGGCCAAGCCUUCCAACCCAAGGUCAUGCCUACGGGUUACAGCCCCGGGAAUAAUUGCCAACAGUCUAGGAGUCUUCCAAGGAAUGCCGAGAUCUCUGAAAAGCAAGGGUUAAUGAGUGGUCGCCCUGCUGUGGAGACAAACGACCACUUGACCCCAUUCUCCAAGGAGCCCCUUGGCCUGAAUCUGAAUGCUACUGAGAAUCUUGGCCCUGGGGACAUUCCUGAGCCCCGGGCGACCACGGAACACACUAAUAACCAGAUUGAGAAUAUCUAUAUCAUGAAAGCCGACACAGUGAUUGUUGGGUCUGUCACUAGAGUGUCCGAGGGCAGGAACCCCGUUGUGACCUUGGGACUUGAGGAGACGGCCCUGGAGACUGACCAGUCUACCCAUUAUCCAGAGCAGGAGACAGAGUUGUCCCCUGGGGGCCACAUCGAAGUCAUGUUCUCCGUGGAGGAGGAAGGGAAGGAGUACCACUGGCCAACAGCUGUGUCUGCCAAGUGAGGGCCAGAGGAAGGAGGCCAGGCAUCUCUGAGAGUGAGCUGGGAAAGCUGAGAUAACAAGCUGGGCAGAGCUGGGGGCCAUCUCUGCAGCUCAGGGGUCUCAGGACCCGAGCCUGAGCUGACCUUCCUGAAUUGCUUUAUGGAUUACCCUGGAAUGUUCCUGAGGGCAUUCUGGUUUUGGCUAGAUGCUGAUACCCUGUCACAGACCUACCUUUUAAAGAAAGAAGAGACUUAGGGAUAAGAGGGAUGCUGAAGAGUCGGACAGGAGGUUUAGUUGGCUCGGGGAGACACAAAGGUUUCUCCUUCCCCAUCAUCUCUCUGUUGCUUCCCUGGAGUCCAUUCCUAGACCACCCAGGCACACUUGGCUGCCUCCAUCAGGGAGCUUGGAAUCCAUUCUGUCCAGAGUGGCAGAAGCCAAGCGGCUAGCUUUGGCCCUAGGCCAUUGCUUACUUUUCCUGAUACCCAACACCCCGGAGUCCCCUUCCUGAAAUGUUUCCUGGGGCCAAACUGGCAUAUGCCUUACUGUAAACAUACCCCUCGGAGAAUGUGGGUGCCUCAGAAGUAGGCUCUCAGCCAGUCCCCUGUGGUUAUACGACUUGACUCAAAAGGGAAGUUGAACUGGGAUUUGUGUUCCCAGUAUGGUGCCUGCUCUUCAGAUCUUGUGAGCCCUGGGCAAAGACCAGUGGGUUGUAGGUUCAGGGGCACUCCUGCCUGGCAAGCAGCUGCUGCUGACCACUCCCACUGAUGGAGCCCCACUUACCCACCAGCCCCAGUGAGGUCUGGGUGGUUACAGGUGCUCAUGUCGAGUGACAUCUUCCUUCAUACCUACUGCUUCCUCAAUCUCCCUGGUAUUGCCCUAUAAGAACACCAAUUAGGACAUGAGAUUUUCUAGCAGGCAGGGCUCACCUGUCAUCUAGAGUAGAGGCCUCCUAGACCCUGAGCCCCCUACCUUCCUUCUCCCCUGGCUUAAACUAGAGACCAUGAAGGAGAACCUUGGAGUAAGGGAAAUCCAGGUUCAAGUCUCACCCGAUACUUAGCUGCAUGACCCUGGGAAAGUCACUUAACUUCUGUUUUCCUCAGCUUCCUCAUUUGUAAGAUAAGAGGUGAUCAUCUCUAACUCUGCACCUAGAGAAGUGGAGGGAAGCAGUGUAGGAAAAAGAAAACAGGAAAACCAUAAAAGACAUUGAGCUAGGCCUGCCUGGAGUCUUUGCUUCUUCCUUAUGCGGCCUCCCCCCUCUCUUUGAGAGGGUUGAUUGCCCCUCCCAGAAUGAUAGAGAAGUAACUUUUUCUAAGGACUGCUGAGCUUGAAGAAUGGUCUGGCGCGCUCUUGGGGGCCAGUGGCUCAGCAAGCCCCGGGCAUAGUGGGAGACUUUGGACCUUUGCACUGUAAUUUUAGUGUUUGAUCUGCGCUUAUCUUGAACCUCUGUAUACAGGGAGAGAAAGAUGGCAAGUGAUCUGUCAUUUGUGUGGGCCUAGAUCUCUGUUUCCAAAUCCAGUGGACUGAGGAAAUGCUGCUUGGACUGCUUGCUCCAUGAAUCACCUUGUGUUUGCAUUUCCACAGGUUUCUUUGCAUUUCUCCAUAUUUGCAUUUCACCUUUAGGACUGGAGCCCAAUCAAUACACAUGAGCUGAUAACAUUUCUAGUUUAGCGUACAUAGCAAAGAGAAAACUGAAUAUAUCAUUUCAUACAUGUAUGGCUGGAAGGAACCUCGGAGGUCAUCUAAUCCAACCUCAGUUUGGGGUUCAGGCCCCAGUUCUGAUGAUCACUACUUAUGUGACUUUGGACAGGUCACUUAAUUUUGCUGGCCUCAGUUUCCUCAUCUGUAAAAUGAAAAGGUUGGACUAUGUCUGAGGUGUCAAACUAGGUCAGCAGCUGUAAGUCACCAGCAAGACUCCCUAGUCCCAAACCAGAUUAAAAUGCAAUUUAGAAAUGUUUAAGAAAAUAAAUAAAAAUACAAAACAACACAAAUAAUGUUCAUUUGUAGUUUUCUAAGUCCAUAUGCCCAGGCAAGGGUCUAUUUCUAUUUGAAUUUGACACCAAUGGAUUAGGUGACUUCUGAGGACCUGUAAGCUCCAAAUUGAUGAAAACUUCCCCAUUUUGCAGAUCAACAAGGUAAGCCCCAUAUUGUGUCCAAAUCACAGAAGCAAUAAGUGGCAAAUCCAGGAUCCAAAUCCGGAACUCUUUCCCCCUACAUCACAGAACUGGAGAGAUUGGCAUCAGUUAUUGUAAACAUUUCUGAUUCUUUUCCUUGCUCAGAGUUAAUUAUGAACUCUGGAUCAAUGCUGAAGCAUCUCUAAUAAACCUUGGUUUAGCCUCCUA